AUGGCUUGGAUUGUCGAAAACCUUGAGAAAGCAUUGGAACUUCAAGCCGAUAGCAAAGUAGCGAGACUUAUUCGCAUUGGAACAUGGGGAAGAAAAAAUGGAGAUUCUCAACAUUACUGGUCUUUUACACUUGAGCAAGAUGAUCAUUUGUCAAAGAUAACAAUAGAUCAUGGUGACGGGAUAUACUCUCUCAUGUUCACUAGUGAAUCGAGAGGUGUUUUACACACUUCAAACAAGGUUGGUGGUUGGGCCAGUGGAGACAAACUUUCCGAGCGACUAGCACAGGUCACGUUUGAUGUUGACGAGGAAAUAAUUGGCAUUGAUGGGACUAUUGGUACUCGAGGCAGCGAUGAAAUAAUUUCAUCACUUUCUUUUAACACGAACAAGAAGAUCCAUGGCCCUUUUGGUCAAGUUGGAGACCAUGAUCAGUUUUCUGUACCAUGGGAAGAAGGAAGAUUUGUCGGAUUUCAUGGCGUUGCUGGCCCUUACAUUGAUAGCAUUGGUGUUUAUGUGAAAGCUUAUGAGGAAAUCAUUAAGGUGGGAACUUGGGGAAAGAGUAAAGCUGAUACUCUGCAAAGUGGCUGGAGUUUCCAACUUGAAAGAAAUCAUCACUUAAAGAAGAUAACCAUAGAUCAUGGGGAUCAUAUAUAUUCUCUCAUGUUCACAUCAGAACAUAGAGGCUUAUUACACACGUCUAGAUUGGCUGGAGGUUGGAAUGGAGGAGAAGGUGUUAGGAUCGAGACACUUAACACACGACUCUAA